GGGAUGUCCACAUAUACAUGGAGGAAAAAAAAUUUCUUCCGAUUUUAGUGCACAUAGGCUCAUUUUGUUCGUUUUUCAAUAUUUAGUCAUGUUUCCAAAAAGAUCCCUAAUCAAUUAAUAUUUAGGGGUUGCUCAAUGGCCCCAAAGGUUUUUCAAUAUGCAUCAGCAUUGGGUUACCCGCGAGUCCGCGAUAAAAUUGUAACAACAGAAAAUAAUCUGUCCAUUUGACCAAUCUUUAUGAUAAGGUUACUGACUGUAAAGCACCAUUGCAUUUGCAUUACUUAUUUAUUUAGUGUUUUUAGAAUUUAGAUAUUCUAUGAUGAUGUCAUUGUCAAUGUAGCAAAUGAGAAUUAUUUCAGCAAACUUGUGAAUUUAUACAGAAUUUAUUUAAUACAUUGAUGUAAACUCUCAAUAAAGACUGUUGCUGAAAAUGGCUGCAAAGUCAAACGCUGUACCACUGACACGCACUCGAACUGCUGUUUGGCUGAUUGGUCAACCUGAAAAGGACCUACCGAGUAAUGUCCUUCCGACAACGGGCGAUGUUCUUCGUACAUUUUUCCAUUACCACAAAACAAUAAAACAGACAGUAUCUGCCAGUGCAAAGUCAACCUCAUCUGAUUUGGUAAAAAUUUGGAGCAAGGCACGGAUACCAAUGACCUAUCAACCACAUAUCGUGUCAAAGGUGAAGGUAUGCUUUAAUGAAUACAGUUUGAUCAAGAAGAAUAAAGGAAGAGAAAGUGAAUCACAGCUAGCUAGAGAAAAAGCAUUUAAAGACAAACUGAAUCUACUCUUUGAUAUUGCUCACAAAGAUACAGGUACAUUAAUCAAAAUCGAUGAAGACAAGCUGUUUUUGGAGGAUCAGCGGAAUGCUCGCAUGAUGAAGAUGAGUGGAGAAGGUGUAAGAUUAUCACAACAAGAAGAGCGAGCAGCACAGCGUCGACAGGCUGAAGCUGAAAGGAAACAGCGUGAGGAAGAAAGGAGAGAUGCAAGUGCCAGAAGCAGCCAUCACAAUCAUGGUCUUGAAAGCGACAGUGACGGAGCAGAAGAGGAGGAUAUUGAAGAUGAUGAUUACGAAAUAGAGAUACCAGUAUAUCACAAGAAGCAGCUAUGUGAGGUAGUGGAUGCUGGACAUGAAUGGACUACAGUUAACAAAAGACCACGCAUUUUGGAGAACAUUCUGUCGUCACCAGAUGUUUCAUCAACACUUGAUCGCAUAAAUUUAUCUGACCAGAAGUUUACAAUUUUGGCAGCAGCAAUUGCUAAAGCCAGUGGACAGGACCUACAAAGCACGCCAUUGUCAAGAUCAACAGUACGUCGCAAACGUAUUGAACACCGAUCUUCAACAGAAAAUUGUAUUCGGCAGGAGUUUCUCUCCAGUGAAAAACCGCCUCUGGUGGUCCACUGGGACGGUAAAAUCAUGCGAGACAGCACGAACUUAGAGGAUCCAAAGUCCAAUGUUGACAGAAUUGGUGUUAGUGUGACUGGUGUAGAUUUGGAGAAAAUCUUGGGAAUUGUCAAGCUUCCAGCGGGCACUGGGGUAGCACAAGCCAAGGCAACAUUCCAGUUGGCCAAAAUAUGGGAUGUUGAUAGUGAAAUCGUUGGCAUGUGCUUUGACACCACAGCUUCGAAUACGGGCUCCAAAAAUGGUGCAUGUGUCUUGCUGGAACAACUAAUUGGGAGAAACCUUCUAUACUUAGCUUGUCGACACCAUGUGCAUGAAGUGAUUAUUGGUGAAGUGUUCACAGUUUUGCUUGGCCCAAGCCGUGGCCCAAACAUUGCUCUAUUUGAACGUUUUCAGCAGUCUUGGCCAACUAUUGACCAAAUGAACUUUGUUCCACUUGAUGAUACGCGACUUACAGUUCCACAGCUGCAACAACUCAGAGCAGAAUUUGGUCCUUUCUUGCUGUCUUUUCUGUCAGGUCAAACGUCAUAUCUACCACGAGAGGACUACAAGGAAAUGAUUGAACUUUGCCUCUUGAUAUUGGGUUUCACACUACCAAGCCAUCCAGCUGGUGGAAAGCCAUAUCAUUUCAGACAGCCGGGUGCCUACCAUAUGGCAAGAUGGAUGGCAAAGGUCAUAUAUUGCAUGAAGAUUUUCCUGUUCAGGAAUGAAUUCAAACUGACUUCAACUGAGGUGAAAAACCUGUCUGAAUUUUGCAUUUUUGCAGCUCACAUUUAUGUACCAGCUUGGAUUGCUUGUCCAGUGGCAAGUGAUGCACCAUUAAAUGAUUUGAUGCUGUUUCAGAGAAUAAAAAGAUAUGCUGAGGUACACAAGAUUGUUUCACAAGCAGCUUUGAAGAAAUUGCAGAAUCACAUGUGGUAUCUUGGAACAGAAAUGGUUCCUCUUUCACUGUUCUCCAGUAAAGUAUCUGAUGAAGAAAAGAAGUUGAUUGCGGAAGCCAUGAUCCUCAGUGGAGAUGAUUGGAGUGUCAGGGGAAACAAGUUUCCAGUAUCAAAAUGUAAUGAGUUGGAGAAAAAGCAACUACAUGAACUGGUAACAUCAUCAUCAACAGCUGCAUUGCAGUCACUUGGACUUGACAUAACUACCUUGUCAGGACUUGAGCCCCCGAGUUGGGAAGAAAGUGCUUCAUUUCGAAAAACCAAAGCUGUUGUUGCUUCUCUCAAGGUUAUCAAUGAUACUGCCGAGCGCUCUAUUGCACUGAUGAGUUCUUUAAACCAGUCAAUAACAAAGACAGAGUCUGAAAUGCAGAAACUCCUCCAAGUUGUUGAGGACAACAGGAAGCGCAUUCCAGAUUACCGGAAAAGCACCCUGAUGGCAUAUGCCCCUCGGUAGACGUCGCAAGCUUGAAAACUGAAAUAAGUUGAACUUUGAACACGUGAACAAUAAAUGAGCAUGCAAUAAAAAUCUGAACGAACAUGUUUAAAAAUUGCUGUUAAUUUCUUUGAUAUUAAUUUUGAUAAAUUAAAAAUUGUUAAUGUGUGACUGAUUGUGUCUGCACUGUCUGUGUCAUAACCAGUAUGUCUUUUUGAAAUGAAUAGUAAUGUAUCUAUCACAUUUUAUCAUCUUGUGAUUCUAGUUUGAAGAUUUCAGUCAAAAAAGUGCAGCCGCGGCAAGUUUAUCUGUACUGUUAAACUUCACCUCCAUUGAGCAACUUGUAAAUAUCAAAAUAUAAAUGCCAAAAUUUGCAUAAAAGUUAGUUUCCAUCAAAGGAACAAAAUGAGAUACUGUGCUAGGUUGAAUUCAAAAAUUUUUUUUUUUGGACAUACCUAAUAUAUAUAUAUAUAUAUAUAUAUAAUAAAUCGACAAUGA